AUGAAAUCAAACAAUCUACCGGUUGACCAGAAACAGAGAAAAUUAACUCAGUUAGCAUCAACACACAACCAAUAUCAACCAUUUUCUUCUUAUUAUCUUUGGUAUCUAAUAGACAGAUUUCAUUUUAUCAUUGAUGAUAUUCAAUCAAUUUUAACAUUUACUAAAAACACUUGUUUUAAUGAAUUUGCGAACAAAUUUAUGAACGAAAGACAAAAGGCUGAAUUAGAAGGAAAUAAAGGAAAAAGUUUAUUUUGCAAGAUUUCACUUAAUGGAUCAUAUGGUUACGAUGCAAUGAAUACACAAAAUUACGCAAAGACUAAAAUAAUGAAUGCACAGAAGGCACGCGUUGCAUGUAUGUCAAAUAAGUUUAAAAACAUAAGAGAAAUAGGUGAGGAUACAUAUCAAGUGAUGCUUAAAGAUAGAUUUUAUAGAUGUGAUACAUGUUUACAAGAGGCAUUCUUCACUUUAGAUAAUGCUAAAUACUGGUAUUUGGUUU